AUGACCAUAAGCAAACAUACAAAUAAUAAAAGUACAGCUAUCCCGAAGUUAACAAACAUUAAAGGCAUUGUUUUUGACAUGGAUGGUACUUUAUGUUUGCCACAAAAUUGGAUGUUUAAAGAAAUGAGACAAGCCGUCGGUCUGACCGAUAGAAGCAAAGACAUUUUACAAUAUAUCGAAAGUUUACCAACUUUGGAAUCACAAAAAGCAGCAAAUGACGGAAUCGAACAAGUUGAACUAAAGGCAAUGCAAUUGAUGCAACCACAGCCUGGAUUAAACGAGUUAAUGGAAUAUUUAACCAUAAACAGUAUUUCUAAAAAUAUAUGUACAAGAAAUAAGAUAACACCUGUGAAUGCUUUAAUUGGUAAAUUUAUUGAUACUAAAUAUAGCAAAUUUGAUUAUAUUUUAACGAGAGAUUUCCAACCAACUAAACCAUCGCCUGAACCGUUAUUAUAUAUUAAGAAUAGAUUGGAUAGUAGCAGUAACAAUAAUGUUGGUAAGAUGGUAAUGGUAGGUGACUCAAUUGAUGAUAUGAAAAGUGGUAGAUAUGCUGGUUUUAUAACUAUUCUUUUAUUAAACGAAAAUAACAGUUAUUUGGUGGCAGAUAAUAGUGAACAUAAGCAUUUGGUAGAUUAUACUAUUACUAGAUUGGACGAACUGAUUAUAUAG